AUUUAUCCCUUCAUUCUCUUCAUUUUCUACUUGGCAGUCGCAAGACAAACCCAAGUAAAACUGGAGAAACUCAAAAGUUCCAGUUUUUAGGACGGCUUUUCUGUUUUUACAGUACAUGUUGCUGUAACGACUUGGCGCGAAUCAGGACAAUCCCAAAAUGCAGCAACCAGUGAUCGAAGAAGGUAAUGUGGGUUAUGAAACACCAUCAGUGCGGAGCUACGAUGACUUGUUUCCGGCUCUGCCAGAAUCCACCCCUGUGACAGGCCAAAACAGCCUACCAGCCUCUGGAUGGCACCAGAAGACCAACAAGAUGAGGGUUGGCACAUCUGUCAUCACUCAUGUAUUCAGAGUUCCAUUUGAAGAAAGAAAACUUGACCACAGCCAGAAGUUUGGAGAAGGCGAAUCUAUCCAAACAUGCGCUAACAUAAUGAAAGAUACCGGAGCUCACAUCGAAAUAUCUCACGGAAAAGAUCAGUCACUCACUUUCUUGGUAACGGGAAAGCCAAAUGAGGUGUCGGUGGCACGAAGGAAGAUCUUAGUGCACUUUCAAACACAGGCGAGUAAACAGAUCUCGAUUCCCAAAGAACACCAUGGUUGGAUUCUUGGAAAGAAAGGCGACCGACUCAAGGAGUUGGAGAAGCAGACUGCCACAAAAAUAUCUGUCCCACCUCAAAAUGACGCGUCCGAUGUUAUUACCAUUUCUGGAACCAAGGAAGGAAUUGAAAAAGCCGAACAUGAAAUCAGGAUAACAUCUGACCAGCAGUCAAAGAAAGCUAUAGAACGUCUCAACAUUCCCAGGAUGUAUCAUCCGUUCAUUUCUGGUGCUUACAAUGAGAACGUCAAUCAGUUGAUAGCAGAAACUGGGGCUAAAAUCAACAUACCGCCACCAUCAGUCAUGAAAGAUGAAAUCUUCAUUGCUGGAGACAAGGAGGGUGUUGCGGCUGCUAAAGCAAGAAUCGAAGCGAUCUACAAGGAGAUGGAGAAGAAAUGUAACACUGUCAGCGUGGAAGUUCCAAAGGAACAGCACAAAUACGUUGUGGGUCCCAAGGGAUCCACCAUCGCUGAGAUCCUGCAGACCACCGGUGUGAGCGUUGAAAUGCCAAUUGGCGACUCGACUACUGGCACAAUUACUCUCAGGGGUCCUCAAGAUAAACUGGGCCUUGCUCUGAGUAAGGUGUACGAAAAAGCGAAUUCCGUCAAAACUUGCCAUGUUGACGCCCCCGCCUGGUUGCACAAAUAUAUCAUCGGCAAGAAAGGUCAGACCAUAAAGGAAAUAACCCAAAAUAUGGAAAAAAUCCACGUCGAAUUCACCGCUGAAGAUAAAAUAAGGAUUCAGGGACCACCUGAGGAAGUGGAAAAAGUACAAGAGCAGUUAGAUGCCAUGGCCAAAGAUCUCGUGAAGAAAAUGACUUACGUAGAGAAACAUGUGGAUACCAAACUCUUCAAGCAUAUCAUUGGGAAGAAUGGAACCAACGUUAAUAAGCUUAGGGAGGAAUACAACGUUACGAUUAACAUCGAUGAGAGCGGUCUGAUCCGUAUCGAGGGUAACAGAGACGAGGUGCAUAAAAUCGAUCAAGAACUGGAGGAGAAAAUUAACAAGCUCGAGAACGAGAAGGAGAAGGACGUCAUCAUUCCCCAGAGACACUACAGGAGCAUCAUCGGGGUCAAAGGGGCGAACAUCAAGGAUAUCAGGGACAGAUUCAACCAGGUCCAGAUCACUUUCCCCGGUCCCGGAGAGAGGAACGAAAUCGUGAAAGUCAGAGGUCCAAAAGAAGAUGUCGACAAGUGCUGCAGACAUCUUGAGAAGUUGGUGAAAGAAUUGAACGAAUCUUCGUACGUGGUAGAAGUGCCGGUCUACAAGCAAUUCCACAAAUUCAUAAUUGGAAAAGACGGAGUCAACAUUAAAAAGAUCAGGGAGGAGACCCAGACCAAAAUAGACCUUCCUUCGGAAGGUGACAAAAGUGAUGCUAUCGUUAUAACAGGCAAAAAGGAAAACGUGGAGAAGGCCGAAAAAAUGAUCCGCAAGAUCCGCGACGAGCACGAGUCGAUCGUCGAAGAGGAGAUCACCAUACUGCCGAAAUUCUACAAUUCUAUCAUCGGUACCAAGGGUAAACUGAUCAAGAUGAUCCAGGAAGAUUGCGGUAACGUCACCAUCAAAUUCCCGUCUCCGGAAUGUAAAAGCGACAAGGUGGUCAUCAGCGGGCUCAAGGGUGACGUCGAACGUGCCAAACAGCAACUGCUCGAAAGGGUGAACGAGAAGAAAGCUUCCAGUUUCACCGAAGAAAUCCGUGCCAAACCUGAACACCACAAAUACCUUAUUGGUAAAGAUGGGUGCAGGAUAAAGAAGAUUCGUGACUCUACCGGGGCUAAAAUCGAGUUCCCCUCGAAUACAGAUGAGGAUCGGGAAGUUAUAAGGAUUAUAGGGAAAGAGGAAUCCGUUAAAGAGGCGAAGAAGGCUCUCGAAGCUUCUAUCAAAGAAUUGGAGGAUUGGGUACAAACCACGAUCACCGUAGACUCCAAGCAUCAUAAACAUUUCGUGGCUAGGAAAGCCGAGAAAUUGAACCAGAUCAACGAAGAAUACGGCGUACAAACCUCCUUCCCUCGCUUCGGAGAGGUCGACGAUCAAGUCACGCUCAUAGGUCCCAAGAAGGCCAUGGACGCCGCCAUCGCAAGGAUCAGGGAGAUAAUCAGCGAUCUCGAAUCCAUGGUCACCAUCGAAUGCGUCAUCCCCCAGAAACACCAUCGAAACGUGAUGGGAGCCAAAGGGCACAAGGUGCAAGGGAUAACGUCGGAGUUCGACGUCCAGGUCAAGUUCCCCGAUCGCGAUUCUUACGAUCCUUCCCAAGUUAACGGCGACGUCGAUCCGGAUCAAGUUAAACCGUGCGAUAUUAUCACAAUCACAGGCAAAGAGGACAACUGCCUCAGGGCCAAACAGGCCCUGUUGGACCUGGUGCCGAUAUCGAUCAACGUGGACGUCCCCUACGAUCUGCACCGGUCCAUCAUCGGCCAGAAGGGCCGCGGCGUCAAGGAGCUGAUGGGCAGGUUCGACGUCCACAUCGAACUCUCGCCGCCAGAGGUGAAAGAGGACGUGAUCAAGAUAACAGGAGCGCCGCACAACGUCCAAGACGCCAAGGAGGCCCUGAUGGAGAGGGUGGCCGAGCUCGAGGCCGACCGCAGGGACAGGGAGCUGAGAUCUUUCUCCCUGAAGAUGGAGGUCAAUCCGGAUUACCACCCUAAGAUCAUCGGUAGGAAAGGAGCCGUGAUCACCAAGAUCAAGGAAGAACACGAAGUACAAAUCAAUUUACCAAGAAAAGGAGAUCCAGAAGAACAUAUCAUCACCAUCACCGGCUACCAGCACAAGGCGGAGGCCGCCCGAGACGCCAUCAUGAAGAUCGUCAACGACCUGAACGACAUCUACAGGGAGGAGGUGGAGAUCGACUCCCGCGUGCACUCACGUCUGAUCGGCAGUAGGGGUCGCUCUAUCCACAAGAUAAUGGACGACUACAAGGUCGAGAUCAAGUUUCCAAGGAGCGAGGAUUCUAACCCCAAUCUGGUUGUGAUCUCCGGUGACGAGGAUAACGUCAUUGAGGCUCGUGAUCAUUUGCUCAAUUUAGAAGAAGAAUAUUUACAGGACUACGAAGAGCAGGCGGAGCGCUCCCAGAGCCACACCCUCAACAUCCACUUCGAGAACGUGGGCGGGUCCCAGUCCCACCGCGGCCAUUCGCGAAACGAACCCAACGGUUUCGUGGUCCAGGGCGGUCCCUGGGAACAGAGGGCGCCGAACACCAACAGCGUCACCGAAUUUCCAUCGUUCGGCCGUAACGCCGAAGAACCCAGGCAGACACCAGUUGCGGGCGCUUGGGGCUCCCGCCGCUAGAUGUCGCAUACGGCACUUUUGCUACGAAGGUGAAAUAGAUUUUUUUAUUUUUCGAUCUACGUCAAUCUUGCCCCGAUUUAUCCCCUCAAUUUACUGGUUUUCCCGAGUGGAACCGCCUUAGAAUCAACGCUUCCGCGUACUUUUUUAUGAUUUCCAAUUGUUCUUUUCUUCGAGUGCCAUAGGUUUAAAAGCCUAACCUUGUAUUUCCCAUUUUCGUUUCACCUUUGAAGCUUUGAUGAGAGAAGCACUGCCAAUGUUUGCGGUCGUAGCAAAACGUGCUGUAGUUUUAGCCGAUUAUCUUAAAAAUUAUCAUAUGUAUCCUUUUCCCUCACUGUUUGCUGCAUUGAAUUAUAUAGGCCGGGCAAUGAAUUCUGGACUCGUAAACGGAAACUGACUUUAAUCAAGACGAAAAACGGAAACAAUAUAUUAUUUCAACAAGAUAUUAAGUCUUCCCCCGACAUCUGAGGGGUGGACAGGCCUAGUUACGGCCCUAAUUUGUAGAGAAGUUAUGAUCUUUUAUUCAGAUGUUUACUAUUUCAUUGAAUGAAUAAUUAGCUGUUAGGAAUUUGUUUGUAUCCUGGGUAACUUUGAUCAUAGUUAUCAGUUCAAAUUCAAAAUCGAUUACAACUGAGUUAAUUUUCAUUGUUACGUUCCACUGAUGAUGCUAUCUGAAUAUAAUUCAUCGUUUACCUAUCUUAUUGGUUUUUUAUUUUAUUCAAUUCUUCCUUCAUGUUUAUUGUGAUUUAUAUCUCUUUAGUUGAAUUAUUAUUUAAAUUUUAUUGUGAUUGUGUCAUAACGUCUCUGCCUACUUGAGGCUUUGGUGCCUUUCUCAUUUUUAUAUGACCGUAUUGUGUACUCUGGUUGUAUGAGAUUUUUUGCAUUUUCUGUUUUCCUGUAAAGGUGAAGGAUGACUAUUUUUAUUUAGAGAUAUAUUUAUAUAAAAUGAUGCAGACUGAUUGUGCCGAACAGAUAAUUAUAAUAUCGACACUACUUAAGCAACUUACUGGUUUUUGCUAUUUAUACUGAAUGUAUAUAAUGAUUAUUAUAUACUUGAGUCCUUGCGGUCGUUUUUUGUUAGCCCAGGACUACCUGAGGGAGAGAAUAAUAUAUUGAAUUAAUUAAUAA